AUGUCGUCCAUCGGAGCACGUUACGCAUCCCUACAUAUUAUGCAGGAGAAGCUCAAGGAGGAGCUCAAGGAGAAGACAAAGAGAGAGAAGAAGAGAGAAGAAAAAGCUCAAAAUCUCGCAGUCGAAACCUCUUUCGCCACUGGAAGGAUUUCUAACAAAAUCUAUCCUUCUCACUUAUCUUAUAAUGAUGAACAAGUAACGACCAAAUCGCAAGAGUGA